AAUGCAAAAAGAAUAAAAUAAUUAUGUUAAAAAAUAAAAACAAAUAGUAAAAUGAAAUUAAAAAGUGAUUUUAGACAGUGUAAAAUAAUUCCUAUCCACGAUGGUGAUAGGGACAAUAUUGAUGGCUGGAGCCUCCGUAACGGCCAGCUUGUUGGUGGUGCAAGUGGCUGUUAUACCUUUGUUAUUCAAAUAUAGCAAGGCGGUUCAGAGGAAAAUGGUCUUUUCCAACUGCAUAAACUAUCCAAGAAAUCUCGACUAUGACAAUCCUUCGAGCUGCAACGUAGUCGGCGGUAGAAACUUUAAGAUAGAGUUUGAGUCGACUGUUGAUGACUGUCCUAUAAAAUUGGGGGUAUGGCAUAUCGUCCCGUGCUCCAUGUUUCGGGACGUGUUCGUGAUCCGAGACUACACGCGGGUAGAUGAACGUCUACACGAAGAGCUCAAGAGGACAAGGAACACUGUGGUGCUGUAUUGUCAUGGAAAUUCCAACCACAGAGCGUCACCGCACCGGCUGCAAAUGUACAAAGUGUUUCAAGAGCUGAAUUUUCACGUCAUCACCUUUGAUUAUAGAGGUUAUGGGGACUCCACACGCGUCCGCCCUACAGAGCGCGGCGUGGUUGAAGACGCCCUGCAAGUAUACGCUUGGCUCCUGGAUUCGCUCACCACUGUCAACAGGCCGAAGGUGCUGCUAUGGGGACAUUCUUUGGGAACAGCGGUGGUUUCCAACAUGGCGGCUCACCUGCCCGAGCUGUGCAAAUGUGCGGGCAAACGCCUGCCGCCGCCAGAUGCCCUCAUUUUGGAGGCGCCCUUCAACAACCUCACUGAGGAAAUCGAGAGACAUCCCUUCUCUAAGCUGGUCUCCUGGCUGCCAUAUUACAAGGACACGUUCGUGAAGCCGUUCUCAGCGUCAUCGGAGUACGCUUUUACGACAGACCAGUACCUAAGCAAGGUGCCGACGAUGCCCAUACUGAUGCUGCACUCGCGCGGAGACAAGAUCGUGCCUUAUGACUUGGCUGCUAAGCUCCACGAGACAGUCCUCCACUCCCGGCUGUCGGUGCCUGACGCGGCGCCGCUGGUCUUCCACACCUUCGAGAAAGGCAACGGCCUCGGGCACAACAACCUUUGCGAGUCAGCCGAGCUGAAGACUGUUGUCAGUGACUUCUUGGACCUAAUCAAGAUAAAGCCCGAGUAAAUAAUUACAAAAACAAACUACGAACGAUCUAUCCUUGUAAAAUAUACCUCUACGCUGUUUA